ACUGCUACGUAGACGCUUGCUUAAUUCAUAAGAUCACUAUUGCCACCAGUGCACAUUUAGAAACAUGUCGUACGCGUGAACGGUUGUAAAUAAAGCUAACGUAAAUAAAUAAACGUAUUGUAUUUUCACAAGACUAAGGACAAACCGAGAACAUGGCAAACAGUUAUAAUAUGAAGGAGUUUAGUUCAACGGCUGUCAUCACAGAAAAUGCAGUAUUUCCGUCAACAAUAUCCAUUAACACAAUCAAUACAAAACAUAAAGAAAAUGUAAAUGAAAAAACUUACGACCCUUUUCAAAAUAGAGAGUUGGAACAUCCUAAUUCAGACGUGAGGUCAUUCGCAAACCUAUUAAAAUCUUCCUUGGGAUCAGGUAUUCUUGCAAUGCCGGCUGCUUUCAAAAAUGCAGGAACAAUAGUUGGAAUUUUUGGCACAAUCAUCUUGGGAUAUAUUUGUACACACUGCGUAUAUUUAUUGGUUAAAACAUCACAAGACGUAUGCAGAGUAUCGAAAGUCCCGUCGUUAGGCUAUGCAGAAACAGUUGAAGCAGUUUUUGCAACAGGUCCGCAGUCAUUGCGAAAAUUUUCUAAAGCCAUGAGGAUAUUUAUAGACUGGGCGAUGGCUCUCACAAUUCUUGGCGCCUGUGCGGUAUAUGUCAUUCUACUCGUGGAAUCCGUACAGCAGAUUGUCGAUCAUUUUUCUAAGGACAAUAGUCUCAACACCACUCUAUACUGUCUAAUAUUUUUGGUUCCGAUACUGAUAUUUACUCAAAUAAAGAACUUAAAAUACAUUGCUCCAUUUUCUGGUUUCGCAAACAUCUUACUAGUACUAACAUUCAUAAUAUGUAUAUACUACAUAUGUAAUGAUUUCCCGAGCUUUGAUUCACGACCAAUGGCAGUUCCAGUUGGCAGAUUACCACUAUUUAUCGGUACAGUUAUAUUUGCAAUGGAAGGAAUUGGCGUAGUUUUGCCUGUGGAAAACACUAUGGCUAAACCGCAACAUUUUCUGGGCUGCCCCGGAGUUUUGAAUAUUACUAUGAGUAUUGUAGUCCUCCUUUAUAUGGUCAUGGGUAUUCUGGGCUACUUGAAAUACGGUGAAAAUGCUGAAGGGAGCAUCACUUUAAACUUACCUACAGAAGAAAUACCAGCAUUAAUGGCUAAGGUUUUUAUAGUCCUAGCUAUAUUUUUCACCUACAUUCUACAAUUUUAUGUACCGAUGGAGAUCGUAUGGCGCAACACAAGGGAACACGUACCGCUGAGGUACCAUAAUAUUGCUCAAGCCGUGAUGAGAGCAUUUUUUGCAAUAAUUACAGUGAUAGCUGCAGCUUCAUUGCCAAGAUUAGAGCAAGUGAUAGGACUAGAGGGAGCAUUCUUCUAUUCCUUUCUUGGAUUAAUAGCUCCUUCUUUAAUGGAACUCAUCUUCCGUUGGGAGAGAGGUCUUGGUAUAUACAAAUAUAUCCUUAUUAAGGACGCAACACUUAUUAUUUUUGGACUGUUUGUACUCGUGACGGGAGUAACGCAAAGUAUUAGAGAAAUUAUCAGGACUAGUUAGUGAUACAGUGUUUAGAAUUUAAUAUUAAAUUAUAUUUUUAUUAUAUAUUUGUAAAUAAUUGAAAAAUAAAAUACUUUACAAAGUA